AUGGCGGGACAGACGAUCAACGACAGGCUGCUGGCCGCGAGGCACAGUAUCGCCGGCCAGGGCCUCGCCAAGUCCGUCUGCAAGGCCACCACGGAGGAGAUGAUCGGCCCCAAGAAGAAGCAUCUCGACUAUUUAAUCCAUUGCACCAAUGAGCCCAACGUCUCCAUACCGCAGCUCGCUAAUCUCCUGAUAGAACGUUCGCAGAACACAAACUGGACGGUAGUCUUUAAGGCCCUGAUCACCGUGCAUCACAUGAUGUGCUAUGGCAACGAGAGGUUCACACAGUAUCUCGCGUCCAGCAACAGUUCGUUUCAGCUCAACAAUUUUCUCGACAAGAGCGGCGUACAAGCAGGAAUACGCGUGGGAUAUGACAUGUCGCCCUUCAUCAGACGCUACGCCAAAUAUCUCAACGAGAAGGCUCUCUCAUACAGGACGGUAGCGUUCGACUUUUGCAAGGUGAAAAGAGGGAAGGAGGAUGGCACUCUACGCACAAUGAACGCCGAGAAACUCCUGAAAACUUUGCCGGUGCUGCAGUCGCAACUCGACGCAUUGCUGGAAUUCGAUUGCACGGCUAAUGACCUCACGAAUGGCGUCAUAAACAUGGCCUUCAUGCUCCUCUUUCGAGAUCUUAUCCGGUUAUUCGCCUGCUAUAAUGAUGGCAUCAUUAAUCUGUUAGAGAAAUAUUUCGAUAUGAACAAGAAACAGUGCCGGGACGCUUUAGAUCUUUACAAGAAAUUCCUUAUACGCAUGGACAGGGUCGGAGAAUUUCUGAAAGUCGCGGAAAAUGUUGGCAUCGAUAAAGGAGACAUACCAGAUCUGACAAAGGCACCGAGUAGUUUAUUAGAUGCCUUGGAGCAACAUCUUGCUUCCCUAGAAGGAAAGAAGGGCUCCGCCGCUAACACGCCAACACAAUCAGCAAGCAGCAAUAGAACCAAUGUAAAGUCGGGAGUGUCCGCCCUGUCUUCCACCAGUACCGCGUUCGGAACAGCAGCCAGCAAUGCGCGGCUCGAGCAAACGGGGAACGGUCAUAUUGACGAGGCAUUACGACAGCAAGCUCUCGCGGAAGAGGAAGCCGCCAUGAAUCAAUACAAGGCAAAAGUACAAUCGCCGUCAAGUACUAGCACGAAUCCCUUCCUCAGUUCGCCGACCAAUAAUGCUAACCAGCCGAUCGUAGACUUGUUUGGUGCAACAUCAGGUACCGACAAUCAGCAAUCUCAAAAAGCAUCGGAUGAUCUACUGCAGUUGGCGGGUAAUCCGUUUGCAAACAUGUUCGGAGCACAACCGGCUACGGCAACCGGGCAGCCUGCCGCUCAGAUGCAGAACAACAUGUGGAUGACCAACGGUACUGGUUUCGCGGCAACUGCGCCACCAGCAAAUAAUAACUUUGUUACAGAUAAUAGUUUUUCCUCCGUAUUCGGAAAUCAAGAUCAGCAAUCCACUGGCGCCCCAGGAACGGCCGCGUCCGUACCUAAUCCCUUCAUGUCCGAUUUCCCGUCCCUCGGUACUGGUGGCCAACAGGCGACGAACGCGGGCGCCUUCGGACUCUUUGAUCAGAAUACCGGCGGUGUUGUUGGCGGCGAGUCAGCUCAAGCAGCGCAAACGGGGACGGCGAUAGCGGGAGACCUUUUCAGUGCCGGUCAAGCGGAUCUCUUUGGGGGUGACGGGUCUGCCGCUGCCGCUACCGCGAUUGGCGGCGACGGGGAUGCUGCGGCGGCCGAGGUAGUGGCGUCGGCGGUGCCUCCCGCCGUCGCUGCCGUUGGCAAGACAUCGUCCACGGCUACGCCGCCACCUAGACCACCGCCACCCGCGACUGCCGUUGCCGCCGCGAACGGUGCCGCACCGCGUGCAAUGUCUCCGUCCCACGGCGGCGGAGCGUCACAUGGUAGGCUAGCAGCGGCGACGGCGUCAACGGCGGCAGCGGCUCCGGCCCCCUCCGCCAACAAGAGCGCCUUUGACGAUCUCAACGAUAGUAUCCGCAUGGCACUGGGCGGGUCUCCGUCGCGGCCGACACCCAUGGUUCAGCAGCAGCAACAGGCUGCUGCGAUGGCUGUCCAACAGCCACUACAACAGCAAAUGCCGCCAGCAGCGGCGGCAGCGGGCGCCGGUAUGUUCGGCAUGAACGACCCUGUGACCGGGCAACCCAUGAUGGCCGGCGCGCCGAUCGUCGGUUACGGUAUCCCUACCCAAGCCCAAGUCCCCGUGGGGUACGGUUCGCCGGCAAAGCAGCCGAUGUCAGCCGCGGGGCAACCGGUCGGUGCAGCCAACACUGGCAAGGUUCUGACCGGAGAUUUGGACAGCAGCUUAGCUAGCCUCGCGCAAAACUUGACCAUCAAUAAGAGCGCGCAGCAACAAGUCAAAGGAAUGCAGUGGAACUCACCGAAGAAUGCCGCGAAAACGGGUGGUCCGGCCGGCGGCUGGUCACCACAACCAAUGGCAGCAACUACUGGUGCUGGAUAUCGGCCCAUGGGCCAGGGAAUGACGCAACUGCUACCUACGACCACCACGACUAUAGGUUUUCCCUCGCAGCCCGCAAUGAUGGGUAUGCAAGGCAUGCCGAUGGGCAUGCAGGGUAUGCAGGGUAUGCAGGGUAUGAGGCCGAUGAUGUGUACUAUCCCAGGUGCUUCCGCCGCCGGUGGCGGUAUGAUGGUUGCGGGAGGAGCUGCGCCCAUGAUGGCCAUGCCCGGCACGAAUCCCAUGAUGGCUGGUCCUAAUUUGCAGCAGCAGCAUCCUCAAUCUCAACCCGCUGCAGCAGCUCAGCCACAGGGCAAUGCUGUCCAACUCGAUCCCUUUGGUGCUCUGUGAAGGGAUUAGAUAAUAAUUGACUGUUCCAGGAUUUCAAAUGGAAUUAAGAAGACGGAGCAACAUUUUGUAAAUAUCAUGUAAUAUGCCUAGAAAAAAAAGAAACAAAGCUAAUGUGUCCCGCUUUUUUCUGUUAGGCUCAAUCAAUCUUGGAUCAUUGAUUGUCAUUCGAAAAUCAUCUCAUUACUAAUAGGAGCGGCAAAUUGUAUUAUAAUUUCUGUAAUAUGCUCGCCGAGUAUGCAUAACAGGUGUUAUUCCGAUAUAGUGUCCUUUCCACGAGCAUUAGCAAAGGUUAAAUGUUGUUUAAGUAAAUAAUUUGUCUACUUUUUUAUGUAAAAAGGGACAAAUUGAGUCUGAAUUAAUUUCAAUAGAUGCUCGUAGGAACCGCACAUAGACAGGGCGCUUUUUUCCGCCUUGAAGCCCGUAGACGGGCAUAAUUAUGUAGCUUAGAUGAGAGUUGUUUGGACGCGAAUUGCGUUUAGAAUGACACGAACGCAUGCGUUGAAUUUCCUUAGUGAGGAUUAACUGUGAUAGUACCGCGCCGUGUGCUGCGUUGAACAGUUUUUCUUCAUUGAUAUGUUGCGAGCAAGCCUAUUGUUGAAGAUGCAUUUUCUAAGUUCGAUGAAAGAUUUCCGUAAUUUCGUAGCGAUAUUUAGGUACGACUUAGUUUUUACAUUGGGGCGGAGGGGGGGAGGGGCAGAUUGUAUAUUCGAUAUAGUGAGAUCGGUAAGAGCGCGUCAUCGAGUACGAUGACUUGGUUCGUCAUGGUUCUAAACGUAUUCGCGUUAGAUUAUAUACACGUAGCUGACGAUUGCACAUACCAAUGUUCACGUUAAACAUUAAAGAAGUCGAUUAGGUGCAAAAAAAGGCGAAAAAAGGAAAUCGACAUAGAAAUUUGCAUCGGGCAUAUCCUCUUAUUGUAAUAUAAUAUAUAUACAUAUUAUUUCCGUACAUUCAUAGGACUAUACAUAUGUAUACUUCUGUGAAUGUAUGGAUAUGUGAUUCCAGGAUGAUGCGAGGG